UAUAUAAUCCCCAAAUUUUUAGUGUACAUUGGCUUCAAAAUCCUUUUUUUUUUCACACGCAGAGAAAAACAAAAAUAAAGAGAAGGAAGAGGAAGAACGAAGAAGCGAGCUAUAAGAGAGCAGCAAAGAGCCUGCUUCGGCCUACGCCUCCGUCAGAAUAAUACUACUGGCUGGUUAUGAAGAAAUAAAGUCUUGCUCCUAUUAGGAGUUGUCUUUUGUCUGCGGUAUUAUAGUGUUCGGAGAUAUUUAUAAAUGGCGGGGAUGUUACCUGGGGAUUCCUCACAUCAUUCAACAUCUGAUACUGGACCUUCUAGAAAUUCUCAAGAAAAGCAAGAGGAAGUAGGCCGUUGGUAUUUUUCAAGAAAAGAAAUAGAAGAAAAUUCCCCGUCUAGAAGGGAUGGUAUUGACUUGAAGAAAGAGACAUACUUACGCAAGUCAUACUGUACAUUUUUGCAGGAUUUGGGCAUGAGGCUAAAAGUGCCUCAGGUAACAAUAGCUACGGCAAUUAUCUUUUGUCAUCGGUUUUUUAUUCGACAAUCACAUGCAAAGAAUGAUAGAAGGACCAUUGCUACUGUGUGCAUGUUCCUUGCUGGGAAGGUUGAAGAGACACCUCGGCCAUUAAAGGAUGUUAUUCUUGUUUCCUAUGAAAUAAUACACAAAAAGGAUCCUGCUGCAGCCCAGAGGAUCAAACAGAAGGAAGUGUAUGAGCAACAAAAGGAACUAAUUUUACUUGGGGAGAGGGUUGUACUUGCAACUUUGGGUUUUGACCUCAAUGUCCAUCACCCAUAUAAACCUCUAGUUGAGGCUAUAAAGAAAUUCAAGGUUGCCCAGAAUGCUCUUGCUCAAGUUGCAUGGAAUUUUGUUAAUGAUGGGCUGAGGACGUCGCUCUGCCUGCAAUUUAAGCCCCAUCACAUUGCGGCGGGUGCCAUUUUCCUUGCUGCCAAGUUCCUCAAAGUGAAGCUUCCGUCAGAUGGUGAGAAGGUCUGGUGGCAAGAAUUUGAUGUCACCCCACGCCAAUUAGAGGAGGUUAGUAAUCAAAUGCUGGAACUUUAUGAGCAAAAUAGAGUACCCCCAUCUCAAGGUAGUGAAGUAGAAGGAAGUGCUGGUGGUGGUGCAUCUCAUCGAGCCCCAGCAAAACAUCCUUCUGGAAGUGAGGAAAAACAAGCAUCUUCAAGGUCAGCAGCCGACCAUUCAUCUGCAGACAAUCAUGGGAUGCCUUCAAGAACUGCACAAAAUCAAAGUAAUGAUAAUGGCAGUGGAGAGAUGGGCAGUGUUAUCACCGAUCACAAGAUGGAUAUGGAAACCAAGGAUAAUCAACAUCCUGAGCAAUUGCCCCAUAAAGAGAACACAAGGGAAGUUUCAAAUAAGUCUAGGUCAGCAAAUGAGCGAACUGGGGAAGACGACCAGGAAAGAACUGGUGGAAGAAAUGACAUUCAAGAAACAGGCGAAUGGAGAGAUGAGGGAGCAUCACGUAGGGCUAGCAGUGUGAUUGGACGAAACUUGGACACUAGAGGAGGGCCCAUCAGCCAAUCUCCCAAAGAAGCUAUUAAAAUCGACAAAGAUAAGGUGAAGGCUGCGCUUGAGAAAAGGAGGAAGUCUCGUGGGGAAACAAUGAAGAAAAAAGAUGUCAUGGAUGAAGAUGAUCUUAUUGAGAGGGAGCUGGAGGAUGGGGUUGAGUUGGCUGUGGAAGACGAGAAAAUCAAGAGAGAACAUCGACAGAGCUGGUCUAGGAAUGAGAAUCAAGAUCAUGUCAAGGACCAUGGGGAAAUGGGAGAAGGGAAUACCUUUGUUACGGAGGGGCAGUCUUCUAGAGGAUUUGAAACAGAGGGUGCUGAAGAAGGUGAAAUGCUGGAUGAUGCUUCUCCAAUGGUGAAUAGCCGAAAGAGAAAACUUGGAAGUCCACCUGACAGACAAUUGGAAGGGAAGAAGCGCCAUGAGUACAUGUCAAGUUACAAUCAUGAUGCCACGGAAGAUGGGCAAAAAUCGGGCCGGAGUAGUUAUGCAGAUAAAGAACAUAGAAGGCAUGCACAUGAGAAUCAUUAGAAUCGUUGGUGAGGCGGUAAAAGAAUGGUAGUACUUUUACUGAAAUGAGCGUGUAUGAUUGGAUACUGAUUUCUGACCAUUGUUAUUGAUAUUUUUGAACUUUGCAUAUCCAUAAAUGGUCAGAGUGAUCUGGCAGAGAUGUACCUAAAUGUAGUACGUUUUGGAUUUGCCUACAAUGGCGCAUAUCUUGGCUGUAACAGGAUGUACCAACGAGGAUAUUUCUGUCACCAUAUUGGCAGGGGGCUUCAUGACAAAGUAAAGAGGCAGUUAAUUAUUUAGUUCAUAUAUAUGGGAAAAAAAAGAGAGAAAGAGAGGAAAAACAUUUCCUUCAAAUUAUAUAACUCUUUUGGAAUGCAUGAUGGGUUACUUGGUUGCGAUGGAUCUGUUUAAGUUGGUCAUGUUAAUUUGACUGGUAUGUUUUCAUAAACUUGGGUUUGAUUUUUUGA